AUGUCCAUCAGUGUGAAUCUGGGGAGGGUCUCCAACCUGCCGGGACGUUCAGACAGAAAAGUCGAACUGAGUUUCAGAGGUUUCAAACAAAAAUCCAGAGUCCUGCAGAGUGAGAGCGUGGCCGUCUUUGACGAGUAUUUUCGUUGGCCUCACUAUGGGAAAGUGGUCAAAGAUGAAGUUUUGUCUGUCAGUGUUUACAACUGCAGUAAAGUUUUCUCCAACAGACUGCUCGGGAAACUUGUCGUCAGUCUCCAGCAUGUUGUUACCUCAGGGAGACUGUUGCUACGGGAACCACUCACUGACGCCAACUACAGCUUAACUGAUAUCUAUAUCGAGCUGGAUAUUAAUUAUCAUCCAGUUGAGGGAUCUGCAGGAGGAUGGGUGGGACUUGACUUCCUGAACGUUGAGGAGAAAGACGAAUCGGGUCUGGUCAUCAUGAAUGAAGGAUUUGACGACCCAGAGAGUCAGAGGACUUUCAUUCGACCAGAUCAGCUGGAGCGGGAGGUUCGACGUCUGGGCCGAAGCUUGGUCAGGACUGGAGAUGAAGAUGACGACGAUGACGACGACGACGAUUAUGACGAUGACAUGAUGGACCAGGAGACCAACGUCACUAUCACUCCUCUGCUGAGUCGGUGCAGGCCGAUGUCCAGAAGUGUUGUCGCAGGAACACCCAGAGUACAGAGCUUCCAGGUGAAUGUAAACAUCCUCGAGGCUCAGAAGUUGGUUGGAGUGAACAUCAAUCCUGCAGUUUUCAUCAGAGUGGAAGAUCAGAAAAGACACACAGUGACGCAGAAAUCGACCAACUGCCCGUUCUACAACGAGAACUUCCAGUUUGAGUUUCAGGAGGCUCCACAGAUCCUCUUUGAUAAAGUCAUAGAGAUAAAGGUGUUCCACAGACGGACUCUGGCCUUCCUGAUGACCCACAUUGGAACAUUUAAAAUUGACAUCUCCACCGUUUACAACCAACCAGAUCACCGCUUCUACCAGAAGUGGGCCCCUCUCACUGACCCGGCAGACACCAGGUCAGGGAUCAAGGGUUACGUUAAGGCAAGCCUCAGUGUGUUUAUGAAGGGAGAUGCUCUGAACAUGCCCAGUCUGCUGCCAAGCUCCACGUCUGGAGCCAGUGAGGAUAUCGAGAAGAACCUGCUGCUCCCUCGUGGUAUGGCUUCUGAGCGUCCGUGGGCCCGUUUUCGUGUUCGUAUUUACAGAGCCGAGGGUCUGCCCACCAUGGAUUCAGGUCUAAUGGCCAAGAUGUCAAAGGUCACUGACCGGACAGUCUUCAUUGACCCUUAUGUACAAGUGACCUUUGCAGGACAACAGGGGGAGACAUCGGUCGGCAGCGCCACCAGUUUUCCAGUUUGGAAUGAGGAGAUCAACUUUAUUGAACAGUUUCCUCCUCUGGCUCAACGAAUCAGAGUUCAAGUCCUUGAUGACGCCAAGAUGGGAGACAUCGCUCUGGCAACACACUUCCUGGAUCUGCAGCAGAUUUCCGACCCCACCAGGAAUGGGUUUAACCCCACCUAUGGGCCCAGUUGGGUCAAUCUGUAUGGUUCUCCGCAGAACUCCACCCUUGGAGACGUCCACCAGGCUUUGAACCAGGGUCUUGGUGAAGGAAUCUUUUAUCGUGGUCGAAUUCUCCUUGCCCUCAGUGUGGAGGUCUACGCCUCACCGGUCGCUGGAUCUGCAGACACAGGCCCAGUCUCAAAGGUGAAAGGAACACUGGGGAAGCUCGGACUGAAGAGAAAGAGAAGCAGCAAGAAGAAGGAGAAGAAUGAAGCAUCUAUGGCUGCCAGUGGAUUUCUCAGUGAGUCAGGGGAUGCAGGAGUUGAGGUACCAGAAUCUGUUACCGUGGAGACUGAGGAGGUCCACCCUCUCCCUGAGGGUUUCCUGGGGGAAAAGGAGGAUUUUCUGCUGUUUGCAUCUCUGUUUGAAGUCACAAUGAUGGACCCGUCUGUAGGAACCAGACCCCUGACGUUUGAACUCUCCAUAGGGAAUUAUGGGAAAGCGGUGGGGGUUGGGAGAUCCAAGAAGAACCAGAGCAGGGAGGAGCUGAGAAGAAGCAGAGAGGAGCUGAGAAGGAGCAGGGAGGAUCUGAGUGAGGAAGCACAGAGUCUGCUGGAGUCAGAGGACGAGCUCGACAAGGAGGAGAUCCUGAAUCUUGAACCUGAGAACAGAUCAUUGUCCACUCCCAUGAGACCCCAGGCUACUGAGUAUGACAGGUCAUUCCAGUGUCUUCCCCUCCAGCCUUCCUCCAUGAAACAGAAGCCGUGUCUAUUUGUUUGGAGUCAGUUUGAAGAUCACAGCUUUCGUCUCUAUCAGGCAAACUGGCUCAACAAGAUGGCCGACAGGCUGGAGAUUGGCCUUGAUGAUGUGGAACGACUCCUGAGGAGGCCAAGGAGUAAUGCAAAGGAACGUUUGGUGGAGGUGUUGCUGGAGCUCUUGGUCUGCUGCAAACAGUAUAAUAUUUUUGCCGACAGGAAGUCUCAGUCUCGUCCCAACAACCUUGACAGAUGCCGUAAGGAGUUCAUCAAGAAGAAUUUGGUCCUACUGGCCAGACAGGCAGUGAGGGCCAGGCGGAGGAUAACCAGGCGGUUGGUCAAACAGCGGUUGAUGGAUACCAGGAAACUCCUGAAGAAACUCCGCCUUCUGGCUAAAGAGCCCCAAAAUACCAUCCCGGAUGUGUUUCUGUGGUUACUGAGUGGAAGCAAGCGAUUGGCUUACAUCAGGAUCCCUGCCCACUCCAUCUUUUUCUCAUUGGUCGAGGAGCAGAGGGGACGAGACUGUGGCCGAGUCACCACCUUGUAUAUGAAGUCUCCAGGAAGUUCAGCAAGGGAGAUCUUCGCAAAGCUUGAGGUCUACCUGUGGCUUGGUCCAUCCAAGUACAGUAAAGAGGCCACCAACUGCUUACCAGAGGAGUUCCAGCCGGUCUUUGAGGAGGAGGAGGAGGAGCAGAGGAACCUUGCCUCUGCGGGGAGGAGGAAACUUCCUGUUAGUCUGUCCUGCCAGGACAGCAGGUUCUUCCAACUACGAUGUCACCUGUACCAGGGGCGUGGCCUAAUUGCAGCUGACGACAACGGACUGUCAGAUCCCUUCGCCAAGGUCCUUUUCUCUACUCAGUGCCAGGUCACCAGGAUGUUGCGAGACACGCUCUCUCCAGCCUGGUGUGAGUGUUUGUUGUUCGACAGAGUCCUGCUGGAAGGAACGAGGGAGGAACUCCAACGAGACCCACCCCUCAUCAUCAUCAACAUCUUUGACUAUGACUCAAUGGGUAGUCCGAAGCCGCUGGGUCGGGCGUUUGCAGAGCCAGAGUUUAAACCUGUGGAGCAGUUUUACCAGAGGCCCAACCUCCGUUUCUUUGACGUCAACUUGGGAAGGGCCCCUGCCGGUGAGCUGUUGGCUGCCUUUGAGCUCAUCGAGCUGGACUACACUGGGUUUGGAGAGCCCUGCCUCCCCAGCAGUGCAGAACCUCAGGAAUUGACCUACAUUGAGGAGGAGAAAUAUUACAUCAUCCCAGAAGGAGUCCGACCUGUUCUGAAGACCUUCAGGAUAGAGGUGCUGUUCUGGGGUCUGCGCGAGCUGAAGAGGGUGCAGCUGUUUGAGGUGGAGCGCCCCCUGGUGAGAGUGGAGUGUGCAGGACGACAGCUGGAGUCUGAAGAGGUCGAGAGCUACAAGACUCACCCCAACUUUAAAGAGCUGGUCCGCUACAUUGAUGUGGACCUGCCAGAGCAGGCCUACCUCCACCCUCCUCUGACAUUGUUUGUGGUCGAGCAUCGAGCCUUUGGUAGACUUGCUCUAGUUGGGUCCCACGUGGUCCAGAGUCUCAUGUAUUAUGCCCCGCCUGAGCUGGGUGGGAGGGAAGAGGAGGAAGAUGAUGAGCCAAAACCAAAAGUGGUGAGGCGGAACACAGUGCAGUUAAACAGUCUGUCCACAGUGAAGAAGAUGGGACUCAGCACCCUGUCAAUCAAACAGUCCAAGAUUCCAUUCAACCCCAUGAAGCUGAUUAAUUCUCCUCUGAAGAAAUUGAUAAAAACCGGCGAGGAGCUUGAGGAGGAGCUGCCCGAGAAGGAGGAGUUGGACUGGUGGUCAAAAUAUUAUGCUUCAGUGGACGAGCUGGAGAGACAGCUGUAUGGAGGUGAUCUGGAGUCAGAGUUCAGUCAGUUCCAGGACUGGCUGCAGAUCUUCCCGCUGUAUAAAGGCAAAGCGAGCGUUGAAGAUGAGGCUGAGGAUGAAGAGGAGCGGGUGAUGGGAAAAUACAAGGGCUCCUUCUUGGUUUAUCCGAUUGAUUUAGAAGACAGAGACAACACCAAGUGUCAGAUCACAGAUGGAAUCCCCACAAAUUCCGCCAUCAAAGUCUUAGUCCGAGUCUACAUUGUCAAGGCCACCAAUCUGGCUCCCACAGACCCGAAUGGAAAAGCUGACCCGUACCUGGUGCUUCGAGUUGGACAGCAGAGUCUCAACUCCAAAGAUCGAUACAUUCCCAAACAGCUAAACCCUACAUUCGGAGAGGUGUUUGAACUCACCGUAUCUUUCCCACUGGAGACAGAGCUGGCUAUCAUGGUGAUGGACCACGACCUCGUGGGCUCUGAUGACGCCAUUGGCGAGACACGGGUCGACCUGGAGAACCGGUUCUACAGCCGACACAGAGCCCGCUGUGGGCUGGCUCUUUACUAUGACACGGAUGGCUACAAUAUUUGGCAUGAUGCAAAGAAGCCGUCAGCCAUCUUGGGUGAGCUCUGCAGGGAGAACGGCAUCCCGUCUCCGGAGUACAGAACAUCUGAAGUCAAGGUCCUCAACAAGAUCUUCAAAAUCCCACCAGAUGCAGUACCUGAAGGUCUGCUAAAGAAGAACCAGCACUCUCCAGAGGAGCAGGCAGAGAUGGAGGAGCACGCAGCCCUGAGUGUGCUGCAGCGCUGGGGGGAGAUGAGCGAGUUCCUCCCUGGUGCCCUCCGUCUGGUCCCAGAGCACGUGGAGGUGCGGUCCCUGAUGAACCCGGACAAACCUGGACUCCCACAGGGUUACCUUCAUAUGUGGGUGGACAUGUUUCCUACUGAUGUCCCAGCCCCGCCCCCUGUAGACAUCAAGCCCCGCCUACCAGAACAGUACGAGCUGCGUGUCAUCAUCUGGAACACGGACGAUGUGUUUCUGGACGAUGUCAACCCGUUCACUGGCGACCCGUCAUCCGACAUCUACGUUAAAGGAUGGAUAAAGGGAAUGGAAGGAGAAAAACAGGAAACUGACGUCCACUUCAACUCUCUGACCGGAGAAGGAAACUUCAACUGGAGAUUUGUGUUCCGCUUCGACUAUCUUCCAACUGAGAAAGAGGUGGUUUAUAAGAAGAAGGAGUCCUUCUUCUCUCUGGAGGAGUCAGAGUUUCGACAGCCGGCCGUUCUGACGCUGCAGGUGUGGGACUAUGAUCGCAUCGCAGCCAACGACUUCCUGGGCUCCAUAGAGCUUCGUCUCGGCGACAUGGUGCGAGCAGCGAAGUCGUCCAGUCUGUGCUCGAUCGACAUGGCGAAGGAUCGGGCCAGCCCCCGAUUCUCCAUCUUCCGUGCAAAGAAGAUGAAGGGCUGGUGGCCACUGACCCGCCUGAAGACGGCCGAGGACUUUGAGAGGGAGGAGAAGGAGAAGGAGGAGGCAAAGAAGAAGGGAAAGAAGAAGAAGAAGAGCAAGGACAAGAGGAAAAAUUUGAAAAAGGAGCAUCUCCAGUACACCGACAGCAGCGGCAACACCUUCCUGCUUAUGGGGAAGGUGGAGGCCGAGCUUCAGCUGGUGACAUUGGAGCAGGCGGAAGCCAACCCUGUGGGGCGGGCCCGCAAAGAACCGGAGCCUCUGGACAAACCAAAUCGUCCAACCACCAGCUUCAACUGGUUCGUCAAUCCGAUGAAGACCUUCAUCUUCCUCAUCUGGAAAAGGUUCAAGAAGUUCAUCAUCACUCUGAUCAUCCUCGCCAUCCUCACGCUCUUCCUCGGCCUCAUCGUCUACACGCUGCCACAGCAAAUCUCCGCACUCAUCAUCAACGGAUGAAGAAACGUGCAGAGUCUUCAUCACCUCCAGCACAAGUUUCUCAGUUUACGUCAUUGUUGACUCCUCCAGCUGAUCACUGUGGAUCUCAAUCACGAUUUAAUACGUUCAGCCUGGACUUGACUACAUUACCCAGCAUCCCCACUGAUCUGAUGAUGAUUGAUGUAUUUAAGAUUCUCUUUUACUGUCAGAGUCAUUCACAACCAGAGAAAAUUACUUGACACCUUUUCCUUCAUGCUUAGCUGAUAUACAUAUUAAUAUAAUGUAAUUUAAAUGUUAUAACUGUGUAGCAUCACUGGACAAAACUUACGUCCGACAAAUAAGCACUUUUCCAAGACAAAAUAAUUCACACUAUUGUGUACAAGUUUAGUUUCGUUGAUUAAAUACAGAUGCUGUUAUGAAUAAAUAGGUAAAAUAAAGAAAGUAUAUUUUGCACUGA